AUGAUUGGUUCAAUUAAGAAAUUGAGCACCGCGUUGGACCGAAAGCUAGCUGACACGACGGAGCCCCUGGUGAACUGCCCCCUCUUCUGGUCAGAGUUCCGUGGACGCUGCUACCGAUACUUCCCUGUUAACAAAACCUGGGUAGAGGCUGAGCUGCACUGUGCUCAAUUCUCCAACGGGGUAAACGCUGCCAAGCUCGUGUCCAUUCACAGCUGGGAAGAAAACACUUUUGUGUUUGAUCUGGUGAACAGCAUUGUCCUCGACUUUCCAACAAACAUCUGGAUUGGACUGCAUGACUGGAGAAAGGAGAGCAACUUCGAGUGGUCAGACGGUUCCUUUUACAGUUUCAACUACUGGGAUGAGAGCCAGCCUGACGACGAGGCGAUCCCGGGGCACAGCGAGGACUGUGUGGAGAUGGGGUCCUCGGCUACCACGGCUUUGAGAUCCUGGAAUGACAUUACUUGUGGACGCUCCUUCCCCUUUGUUUGCAAAGUAGCCUCACUUGCCAUCUAAAUGCCCAGGCUUCAUCUGAUUGGGUAACAGCACCAACUUCCUGCGACAUCACAAAAGGCACUGACAGUUUCUUUCCUCUGUUUAGUUAUAACGUAGGAAUGGAUGUGUCU